CGUUGGCAGGCGGUUGGCUUCAGGCAGGUGGGAGGGGGUCGUCUCUCAUGGCGACGACCAGCGAGCGGGACCGGGCCAUAGAAGGAACGGACACCGAAAUUCACUUGUUACCGGCUCUCCCCGCCGUCACUGUACCUCCCGAAGAAGUGGUAGUGGUGGCGGAGGAAGAAGGGGAUGUUGAGGAGCCCCAACUGGCCAAGGGGAGGGAUCCGAGCCUGGCUGUCGGCCCCCCACCUUCUCUACUCGAGACCCAGGAGCUGGCCUCCAAGCGGGUGGAUAUCCAGAACAAGCGCUUCUAUCUGGACGUGAAGCAGAACGCCAAGGGACGCUUCCUGAAGAUCGCCGAGGUGGUGGGCUCGGCAGGCCGCAAGAGCCGUCUGACCGUCUCCAUGCCGGUGGCGGCCGAGAUGCGCGACUACCUGGGAGACUUCAUCGAGCACUACGCCCAGCUCGGGCUGACCGGCGGCGGAGCAGGAGGAGGUGGUGGCGGCUUGAGGCGGCGGCGGAGGCAACAGCAGGAGGAAGACGAGGAGGUGGCGGCUGCGGUGGUACAACAGCAGGCGGCGGUGGCCCAGCCCGAGGCCCAGGCCCAGCCGCAGCGGGUGCUGAAGAGCGAGUCCCUGGUACGGGAGAACCGCAAGUACUACCUGGACCUGAAGGAGAACCAGCGCGGCCGCUUCCUGCGCAUCCGUCAGACCGUGAGCCGAGGAUCCCCCGGCUGGGGCUACUCGGCCCAAGGCCAGACCAUCGCCCUCCCGGCCCAAGGCCUCAUUGAGUUUCGGGACGCCCUGGCUCGGCUGAUCGAGGAUUAUGGAGUUGCCCCAACGGUGGCGGCGGCAGCAGUUGGAGGGGGAGGCCUGCUAGACGAGGCUGGGGCUCCGGGGUCGCUCGAACUGCCCGAGGGGAUCUCGGUGCCGGUUGAUAACAAGCGGUUCUUCUUUGACCCGGGCUCCAACCGGUACGGGGUGUUUCUGCGGCUGAGCGAGGUGAAGCCCUCUUACCGCCACUCCAUCACCGUGCCGUACAAAGCCUGGGCUCGCUUCGGCGACAACUUUCUCCGGUACGCCGAGGAGAUGAGGGCGAUCCAGGAGAGGCGUAGGGACAGGAGGGCCGAGCUAAGUCGAGAGGUCGUCACUGCCGCCGCCGCAGACGGUGCCCAAGAAGAGGAGGAGGAAGAUUGACAUCGCUUUCUGACCU